AAACCCUUCUAGAGAGAGAAAGAGGAGAGAGAGUACGAUGGUGCAGAGAACAAAGCCAAAAUGGGAGAAACUGUGGGGUUCAUUUCAACGAAGAGAUUACAUACUUGCUAAAUUGAUCGUAUUCUUAAUUUUAAUCGGUCUUGCAUUUAAGAUAAUGUACCUUGAUUCAACUGGUUUCACAGAUGGCGAGACUAUUCCUUUUAUCAAUCAGACGGUCAAUCUAAAUCCGCUUGUUUCUGGAGAUUUAUCAGAAAACGGACAAUCCACGAACAACACUCAACCUUCCAACCAGAUUUCGCCGCAAAUUUGGACCGAUUUGGACGAGACUACGAAGCGGAUAUCUGUUAAUGGAAGUUUACUAGAACCUUCAGCCGAUUCUCCUGGAGAUUUGUCUAAAGACGGUCAAUCGAGUGCGAAUCGGAUAUCUGUCAAUGGAAGUUUAGCCGAUUCGCCGGAAAAUCCACCGUCAGUUACUGUCGAUUUGACAGAUCAGAAGCCGAAUAAAGAAAAAUGUGAUAUAUUCAGUGGAGAUUGGAUUCCAAAUCCAUCUGGUCCUCUUUAUACAUACGAGACAUGUCAUUUGAUAACUUCUCAUCAGGAUUGUAUUAAGAAUGGAAGGCCUGAUACUGGUUUCCUUUACUGGAAAUGGCGUCCAAGAGAUUGUGAUCUUCCUUCUUUUGAUGCUAAGAAGUUUCUUGAAUUGAUGAAGAACAAAACAUGGGCAUUGAUUGGGGAUUCUUUGUCAAGAAACCAUGUUGAAUCUUUGCUUUGCAUUUUAUCCCAGGUGGAUCCAGCUAUUGAAGUUUACCAUGACGAAGAAUGGAGAUCAAAAAGAUGGCAAUUCGCUUCAUAUAACUUCACUAUUUCGGUUAUUUGGUCACCUUUUUUAGCCAAAGCUUCAAUUUUCGAAGAUUACAACGGCGUUUCAUCCGCUCCUAUUCAACUCCACCUUGAUAAGCUCGACCAAACAUGGACAGAUCUAUACCCGAGUUUAGACUACAUGAUAUUCUCUAGCGGCGAAUGGUUUUCCAAAUCCGCGAUCUACUACGAGAACAACACAAUCUUAGGAGGUCACAGUCUCCCAAACGAAAAGAACUACACUAAUAUCGCGUUCAAUCUAGCUUAUCGAAAAAUCCUCAAAAACCUAUUCAACUUCAUUCUCGAGUCGAACCAUAAUGGCACGAUCUUUUAUCGAACAACGACGACCGACCAUUUUGAAAACGGCGAGUGGUAUAAUGGUGGGAGUUGUCAAAGAACCGAGCCCGUUAAAGAGGGUGAGUUGAAAAUAACCCAAUUGACAGAAAUUCUUCGGGUAGUUGAGAUAGACGAGUUUGAGAAAGCCCAAAGGAAGGGGUUUGAGAAGGGAAUGAAGUUGAGGCUUCUUGAUGUGAUGUCGCAAUCUUCGCUUAGGCCCGAUGGGCAUCCGGGGUUGUAUAGACAUGCUCAUCCGUUAUCGAGUAAUAAUACGAAGUAUUACGAUUGUCUUCAUUGGUGUUUGCCCGGUCCGAUUGAUUCUUGGAAUGAUUUGAUUAUGGAGAUGAUUGUAAAUGGAUUAAAAUGAAAGAAUGUAUUGUAGGCUUCAUUAAUUUUUUAUUUAUUUUUGACAAUUUGGAGGUAUGAUUCAUUGAUUUUCAUAUUUUUGGAA